CCUGGAAGCCGGGUAGUAGCUGUUGCGGGUCGGUCCCGUUCCCGACGCCGGAUCCCGGGUGCUGCCUUGGGGCUCCCUCGUGGUUCGAGGGUCGGGCGGAGCGUCGUGCUGAGGUCCAAAUCCCGGAAGGGCACGGCGAGGCUCGGGCCACGAUGGACUUUCCCAGCAUCCUCCGCCCCACACUGUUUACGACUGGCCCACUUGGUCAGAGUGAUGUCCCUGACAUGUCCUUCAUGUGCAGCUGGAGAGACAUGCUGACCCUGCCAGAGCCCCUGCCCCAGAUGUCGGAGAGUGGGCUGCCACACUUGGCCAAGGGCCUGCUCUGGGAGCCAGAGACCCCUGGGCCCCUUCCCUUGCUGCCUCCUGGUCCAGAUCCCUGGGACCCCGGCAUGACUGCCCGGGACCUGGUUUUCCGGGGAGGCCUGCAGUUCCGAAAACAGCCCCAGGUCGUGCUGGAUGUCACGGAGCAGCUCAGCCGGUUCCUAUGGGACCAUGGGGACAUAGCCUUCGCACCCCUGGGGAAGCUGAUGCUGGAGAAUUUCAAAAUGGAGGGAGCCCCGAGCCGCUCUAAGACGAAGACCGUGGUCAGUGUGAAGGGGAUACUCCAGGACCUCGGUGGACACCAGCCUUGGGGGUGUCCCUGGGCUUACCUCAGCUACCGACAACGCCGGUUCUCCAUCCUUGGGGGCCCGGUCCUGGGCACGUCCGUGGCGCACCUCCUGGGAGAGCUACUGCACGAGGAGCUGGCCCUGCGGUGGGAGCAGCUGCUCCUGGAUGACGCCUUCACGGGGGGCGCGCUGGCCUGGGUGCCUGGAAGCACGCCUCAGGUGGGGCAGCUGGUCUACCCUGCGGGAGGCGCCCUGGACAAGCUGUAUUUCCAAGAGGUCAUUCUGACCCCAGACAGUGACCCCCAGGUCCUCAAGGACCCUGGCCACAUCCAGCUCCGAGGACCUGUCCGGCAGGUGGUGACCCGCACGGUGCAGGAAGAAUCUCUGCUGGCUGUCCGCUCUGACUACCACUGUGCUGUGUGGAAGGUCAGCAAGCAGGGGCGGCCGGCCCCUCUGCAGGUGCUGCAGGUUGGGAAGGGGGCCACCGGGAUCAGCCUCAGCCCUCACCUGCCUGGGGAGCUGGCUGUCUGUAGCCGUUCAGGAGCCAUCUGUCUGUGGACCCCCCAGGAUGGGCUGCGGCAAGUCUACAAGGACCCUGAGACCCUUGUGUUCCGGGACCCUUCUCCCUGGCGUUGGGCAGACUUCACCGCCCACCCUCGGGUGCUGACUGUGGGGGACCGCACUGGAGUGAAGAUUAUUGACACUCAGGGGCCCCCAGGCUGUGGUCUGCUGCUGUUCCGAGUGGGAGCGGAAGCAUCGUGCCAAAAGGGGGAACGUGUCCUACUGACCCAGUAUCUGGGGGAGUGCAGCCCUGCACCCCUGCAUCCCACGCUCCAUCUUGUCUGCACCCAGUUCUCGCUCUACCUGCUGGAUGAGCGCCUCCCCUUGGUGCCCAUGCUGAAGUGGAACCACGGCCUCCCCUCUGCCCCACUGUUGGCCCGGCUGCUUCCUGCGCCGCAGCCUGGCUGCCCACGGCCCCUGCUUCUGGGUGGCCAGGGCGGGGAGCUGCAGCUGCUUCACAUCUCAGGAGAGGGGGCCUUGGCACCCCGCCUGGCAGGACACCCCCAGUCUCUCCCUUCCCGGAGGGACUCCCUCUCUGCAUUCCCCCUGCUGGAGCCUAAGAGCCAGUGGAGGCUGCAGGAGCGUCUGAAGUCCCCAGCCAUAGGUCUGGCCGCUGCCAUCCCCCCCUCCGCCUCCACACCAGCCCUGUCGCUCUUCCAACUCUCUGCAGCUGGAGAUGUCUUCUACCAGCGCCUCCGCCUCCAGGCAGAUCCUGGGGCCCCCAGCAACCGUGGGCCCAACUCCUCUGCCCCUGCGGCUUCCUGGAGCCCCCAGGACACAGCCUGCUGCAGCCGGUGGCUGAAGGCCUUGCUGGAGGUGCCCACAGCUCCCCCUGUAUGGGCUGCACCCACCUUUUCCCACCGCCAGCUGCUGGGCUGCUUGGAGCAGCGGAAGGUUGAGGGGAGAGUGCCGGAGGGUCUGCGUGCAGCCAUGGCCCAAGGGCGGCUCCUGUGGCAGAGGGACCUGGGUUCACUUCCUGUUGCCCAGCUGCCCCCUGCCCCUGAGCCAGGCCCUGAGGACAUGCUCACUGGGCGCCUGGAGGCGGCCUGGGGAGGGCGGGCAGCUGCCUGGUGGGAGAGGCAGCAGGGCGGGGGCUUGGGGCCUGGGAGGCCGCCCAAGCGGCACAAGCGCCGGACUCUGCUGUCCAGUACCUUCUCCUCACUCAGCCGCCCAGACCUCUCUGACGCCACCCCUGCUCACAGUCCAGACCGGAUACCCCCUGAGGCCAGGCCUUGCCCUCCUGUGACCCUGCCCUCCCAGGAGGUGACCCAGGAGCUGCGGACCGUCCGGAACUGUACCACUGGGCUGCCGUCCCAAAGGGACACCCCAGGAGGCUCUGAGGUGCCCUCUUCCCAGAGCUCUGGCGUCCGGGCCCCUUGCUCCGGGCAGCGGGCACCCGUCCUCUCUGGCUCUCAGCCACAUCGGAAGAAGCCCCGCAUGGGCUUCUGAGGGCCCAGGGAAUCUGCUCCCCUGCCUCCGGAAAGCCCUUUCUCCUGCACCAGCUGUGCCUUCCGUAAUUGGAACUUAGGAAAUAAAGAGAGAACAGUCUCCAGGAGUCAGACCUUUUUACCAUCUGAAGACUGCUGUGACUAGGCGACCCCCAGAAGUGGUUCAGAACCAUGUCGGAGCAGGGACAGCAACAGAGUUGUUUCUCCCGUGGUUUAUCCUUCUGCCUGGAGACGUGUUGGAAAGGCCCUGGCAGUCCUGUCCUGGGGCCAGUGUCACUGGGUUUCCUCCAGCCAGGCCACAGGGCUGCGCAGUGCAGGAGCCGGGCCCCGGAGCCCACCAGUGACGGUACCAGCUCCUCCCCAGGGUCAGUGACGGUGAAAUGAGACCCAGAGAACUGCUGGUGCUGGAUGUUCGGUUGGUUGAGCAGUUUCUGAAGUUUUUUGGACCCACAUUUAGGGUUUGAAUAAAUUGUCAGCUGAGCAUG